UGCUUUAGGUAGACACAUACACUAUCUUUCAUCUUGCUAGCCAAAAAAUGUAAGACCCCACAAAUAUCUUGAGGGCAGGUUAAAACCGGUAUCAUGUGUACUCGGUCGUCAUUGUUCACCUGCUUGAGUGGUUGGUUACACCCACAGGACUAAAACGGUCCGACCAUUGGUAUCUUGGAAGUUGCCAUGAGGCUGUGCAACAACGACAAGACUUAAAGACAUAAGGCGCGCAGUCAGCGGGUCUUGGGAGUCUUCCUCGCACGCAACCUAACGACAGAACAUUCAAGUUCCAGGAAACCUCCCAGAGCCCCGCCAAAAUGUUUGAUAAACUCCGAGGCAAGUCGCCCUCCAGUCAUUCCAAAGGGGAAUCAAUUGACGACACCCCCAAUGAUUUAUCUGCACCCCCUCCACCUGCCUACACAGCAGCUUCCUCCUCCGGAUCUGCAUCAUCAGCACCCGUGCAAACACGUUUCGCCUCUUUGUCUCUCCACAAGGAAGACCGUCUUCGUUUCCUGCGCUUUCCCGAACCCAUCAUCUCCAGCUGCCGCGCAACCGUUCUAAGAACCUGGCCUCAAGGUAUCGACGAAGAGCGCCGAUACGCAAACAGUCAAGAGAUAAAACUCAAUGGUUACCCCUGGCGCGGACAUGGAAAAGAGGGGGUGCACGCACGACGUCUGAUGAACGGUCUGUUAGCAACACUACACGCCUCAGGGUGGCUCUUAACACUUAACACCGAUAUAAGCAAGAGUGCUGUGGACAAAGAUACCUUGCUCUUCCGAUACCAGAGUCCACCUCCAUCGCCGCACGAAUGGUGUGUUGUGUCGUUCAGUCGGCAAGAUCGGCUGCGCUUUAUGGACGCACCUGCUUCGUUGUAUAGCUCCCUCCCAUCUCGUGUAGGAGCCAACUGGAUUUCAGCAUCCGAACAGCAUUCGCCUGGGAUCUGGGAAUUUAAACUUAAAGGCUACCCAUGGCAAGCUAGUGGCGAAGAAACAAUGAGGGUCAGAGAAUUGUUGAUAGCACUGGUAGAGAUGUUGGAGGAGGAGGGAUGGAGUGUGUAUGCUAGUAUCGAUCAGAAGAGUAGCGGAGGGCAGGGUGUGAGCGAAACGGAUACUUGGCAUUGCUGCAGAGCGAAGGGGUGGGAGAAGGGUAUGCCCGUCUAUCUUCGCUGACGUGGAGGGGAGCGAGACACAAGGGGUAUUGCGCUGGAGAUCUCUUAGGUCAGUUUACGAGUUUUCAAUGUAGAACUACGUGUUUCCUGAACAAUGUGU